AUGUUCAUUCCGGGAUAUUCGUCCGCGGUGCCGAGAGUGGAUGCAAAUGUCAAGCAUGUGGACGUCAUUCCGGGAGCGAGGGGAAGCUCCACCAGCUCCAGCUCCAACGCCAAACGUCAACAACACCAAGAUUCCGAAGCACCACGACGACGACAAUCGCUCCCUGCCCGCUGCGGCCACGGCAACGCAGCAAAGGCCAAAAUGAUAACCCUACUAUUUCAAACGGCGGCUGCUAAUCCUUUCCCAAUUCCAGGACCUGAUCCUGGAACCCUUGCGGGUCGCGACAUCGAAGCCAGCACGGAAAACAUACCUCAACACGCUACUCUUCCUGAUAAGCUCGACAUUCCUGCUAGUCCUAGCGACCGAGAUGGUCCACAUCCAUAUGGAAUCGCAUGCCUGGACUCGGAAUUGAUCUCCCAACAAGCAUACGAUAUCAGCAUCACCCUGCGUGUCCCGCGCUCACCACCGAACCUCGACACAGGGAACUUCAUGCUCUCCCUCAACCUGCUCUCACAAUCCUACAAACCAUCCUUAUUCCCAAUUACACCACCACCAAGCAGCACCAACCCUCCACCCACUCAUCUAAUCUCAACCCCGUCCCUAUCCAUCCCCCCAGAAACAGUUCUGCACUCCUCCCGCCGCCCCACCAUCCUCCCCUACGCCUCACCCCUGAUCUCUCUCUCCUCACGCAUCCUAUCCCUCCCGCUAUAUAUCCUCAAUCUCCGACAGGAAUCCGAAUCCCUCACCAUCCCCAUGGCCGAACGCCUUUCCUUCCCCGGCCGCAGCACAAAACUCGUCCCUAGAUACGCGUUCCUAGAAGUACAAGCCGGGCAACACAUACAAGUCUACUCCGUUCAGAUAAACUUCACAGCACGAUUCAGCGGUCUACGAUGGGUGAUGUAUAACCACCGCAUCGCCAGCCUGAUUAUUUUCACCAGUGCAUUCUGGGUCGUUGAAGUAGUAUUUGCUCUCUUAGGAUGGAUGGGCUUUCGGAUGCUAUUUUCAUCCACAGAACCACCAUCAUCAUUAUCUUCAAAAUCAAAAGCACAGAUCAAGAAGGAAAGGGGAAUAGAAGACGAGGACACAGAAACCAUCAAAACUGAGCCCGCCACAGAAGACGAACCAGAUCUCUCGGACACCCCACGCUCAUUCCCUACAUAUGGCCGCCAACCUCCUCUGCGGUACGAACCCAGGAUUAAAGAUGAGGAGCGUGAUAAUGAUGAGGAUAUUAUUGAAGGCGCGGCUAUCCAGCCGUUAGAUGCCGAUGACGAGGACGAGCAUAUUCUAGGUGGCAUGCGGGGAAGAGAGAGGAGGGGGGUGGGUGAGGAUUCUGGACUGGGAACUAGUUUUAGUGAGGGUGGAGCGAGGAGUGGAGCUGCGAGGAGGAGGUCUGGUGGUUUUGGGAGGGGAGUUUGA